AUGUCCAAGUCACCCAUUACAUGCCAUGUGCUCGACGCGUCCCGCGGAAAGCCGGCCGCGGGCGUCCUGGUCGAGCUGCACCGUCCCGAUAACGAGGUACCCAUCGCUACUGGUGUCACCGAUGCCGAUGGCCGCUGUACCACUCUCUUGCCCCACGGCUUCCAUCUCGACCCGGGAGCGUACAAGAUGACCUUUAAGGUUGGCGAGUACUUUGCCGCCGCCAAGGUGGACACGUUCUACCCCUUUGUCGAGAUCACGUUCAACUACUCGGACCCGUCGCAGCACUACCACAUCCCCUUGCUCCUCAGCCCGUUCUCGUACUCUACUUACCGUGGUAGCUAG